GAAUCAGUUGUUAAUAUGAAUCAGGCCUCACUCUAUCAGCACUCGAACCAAGUGCAGCGACACGAUGCCAAAUUGGUAUUGGAUGAGUAUGCCUCCUCGCUGCAAUGGCGUCCAGAUGGUCAGGAUAAGCUGCUGGAUGUCGGCUCCGGUUCGGGUAAUGUGCUGAUGGACUUUGUGAGGCCUCUGAUGCCGCAGAAGGCACAACUGGUGGGCACCGACAUAUCCACUCAAAUGGUUGGUUUUGCCAGCAAAUUCUAUCAUCAGGAUCCGAGUACGCAAUUCAAAGUCCUUGACAUUGGCUCCGAUCACUUGCCCAAGGAGCUGAGGGGAAAAUUUGAUCAUGUCACCUCCUUCUAUUGUUUGCAUUGGGUACAAAAUUUACGUGCAGCUGUGACUAAUAUACACAAUUUGUUGCGAAACGACGAAGGUGGCGAUUGCCUUCUAGUAUUUCUGGCCUCCAAUCCUGUGUAUGAAGUGUACAAGAUCUUGCGUACUCAAUCCAAAUGGUCGGCAUAUAUGCAUGAUGUGGAGAGGUUCAUAUCACCCCUGCACUACAGUUCCAAUCCUGGAGAGGAAUUCAGUGAACUGCUCAACGAGGUGGGCUUUGUGCAGCACAAUGUAGAAGUACGCAAUGAGGUCUUUGUCUACGAAGGCGUAAGGACUCUGAAGAACAACUUCAAGGCCAUUUGCCCGUUUUUGGAUCGGAUGCCUGUAAAUUUGCAUGAGGAAUUCCUCGAUGAUUAUAUGGAUGUGGUCAACUCAAUGAACCUACAAGAGGGAAAUCAAGAGAAUGAAGAUGAUCAGCGUUUUAUAUCGGCCUAUAAACUGGUUGUGGCCUAUGCUCGUAAAUUACCUGCUUUUGUCAAUAGUGUUUUAGCCGAUACCAUGAGACCUCAAAAAAGUGCCAAGGGUUUGGAUUAGAUCCUUUGUAAAAUAAUUAUCUAGAAAUGCCAAAAAUAGAAUAGAAGUUUAGUGUAGAAAUUUAUUUUAAAACUCAGGAAAAUGGCUAUUGCCUUUACAUACUUAAAUUGUUAUUCCUAAAAAUGUAAUGUAGUUUUAUUAGUAAUUAACAAAAAAUACAAUAUUCAUUCUGGGAA